AUGCGCUCUCUCACGCACGCUCUCACGCGCUCCCUCACGUGCACUCUCACCGCUGUUUCUCGCGCACUCCCACGCACUCUCUCACGCGCUCUCUCAUGCGCGCGUUUAUGCGCACUCUCGCGCUCUCUCACGCGCGAUCUCACGCGCUCUCUGACGCACUCUCGCACACGCUCUCUCACGCCACGCGCUCUCUCAAGCGCACUCUCACGCGCUCCAUCACGCGCACUCUCUCGCGCAUUCUCUCUCUCACGCGCUCUCCCGCGCGCUCUCUUGCACAUUCUCUCUCUCACGCGCUCUCUCAUGCACACUCUCUCGGACACUCUCUCACACACUCUCACGCGCUCUUUGAUGCAAUCUCUCACGCGCUCCUUCACGCGCUCUCUCACGCACUCUCUCAUGCACUCUCUCACACGCUCUCUGACACGCGCUCCCUCACAUGCUCUCUCACGCACUCUCUCACGCACUCUCUCACGCGCUCUCUCACGCACUCUCUCACGGGCUCUCACACACUCCCUCACGUGCUCUCUCUUGCGCACUCUCUUGCGCAUUCCCUCUGUCACGCGCUGUUUCUCGUGCACUCCCACGCGCUCUCUCACGCGCUCUCUCAUGCACGUUUUUAUGCGCACUCUCGCACUCUCUCACGUGCGAUCUCACGUGAUCUCUGACGCACUCUCGCACACGCUCUCUCCCUCACGCGCUCCCUCACGCGCACUCUCACGCGCUCUCUCACUCGCACUCUCACGCACUCUCUCACAUGCUCUCUCACGCAAUCUCUCAUGCGCUCUCUCACGGGCUCUCACGCAUUCCGUCGCACUCCCUCUCGCGCACUCUCUCGCGCAUUCUCUCUCUCACGCGCUCUCUCAUGCACACUCUCUCGCACACUCUCACGCGCUCUUUGAUGCAAUCUCUCACUCGCUCCUUCACGCGCUCUUUGAUGCAAUCUCUCACGCGCUCCUUCACGCGCUCUCUCACGCACUCUCUCACGCACUCUCUCACGCGCUCUCUGACACGCGCUCUCUCACGUGCUCUCUCACGCACUCUCUCACGCACUCUCUCACGCGCUCUCUCACGCGCUCUCUCACGGGCUCUCACGCACUCCCUCACGUGCUCUCUCUCGCGCACUCUCUUGCGCAUUCCCUCUGUCACGCGCUCUUUCUCGCGCACUCCCACUCGCACUCCCAUGCGCUCUCUCACGCGCUCUCUGACGCGCUCUCUCUCGUGGACUCUCACGCGCACUCGCUCUCUCACGCGCUCCCUCACGCGCUCUCUCACCCACUCUCUCGCGCGCUCCCUCACGCGCUCUCUCACGCGCACUCUCAUGCGCUCUCUCACGCGCUCGCGCUCUCUCACUCGCACUCUCACGUGCACUCUCACGCGCAUUCUCACGCGCACUCUCACACGCUCUCACACUCUCCCUCGCGCGCUCUCUCACGUGCUCUCUCACGCACUCUCUCACGCGCUCUUGCACGCGCUCUCGCAUGCGCACUCUCACGCGCUCCCGUGCACACGCUCCCCCUCGCGCUCCUCUUCUUUAAAUAG